ACGGAUGUGUUGUGGUCGUACUGUUGCAUUGUGGGACUCAUGAUUGACGCGGCCGCCAUUUUCCCGCUGGACGCUGCUUCCCAUUGUGGAAACGAAGAAGAAAAUAGAGACAAGCGAAACAUUUCUCACCACUUCUACUCGCUUUCCCCCCACAGGUAAUCUUUAGUAGCCAUGGCUCGUACCAAGCAGACUGCCCGUAAGUCCACUGGAGGCAAAGCCCCACGUAAACAGCUGGCCACAAAGGCUGCUCGUAAGAGCGCCCCGUCCACUGGUGGAGUCAAGAAGCCUCAUCGUUACAGGCCUGGUACCGUGGCUCUGCGUGAGAUCCGUCGUUAUCAGAAGUCCACUGAGCUGCUGAUCCGCAAGCUGCCCUUCCAGCGCCUGGUGAGAGAAAUUGCCCAGGAUUUCAAGACUGAUCUGCGUUUCCAGAGUGCAGCUAUCGGAGCUCUGCAGGAGGCCAGCGAAGCCUACCUGGUGGGUCUCUUUGAGGACACCAAUCUGUGUGCCAUCCACGCCAAACGUGUCACCAUUAUGCCCAAAGAUAUCCAGCUGGCACGUCGUAUCCGUGGAGAACGGGCCUAGACGCUCUCUCCUCUUUAUCUUUCCCUUUUCACCCCUUCAUGCCCCCUCACCCUUAUCCCCCCUCCCUCUCUCCCGCCCUGUGUUAGUAGUGUGUAGAGGGAAACUGAUUAUAUUAUGGAUAAAGUGUAUAGUCGUGUUUUCUUAGUGCUCUCGGCAGCAGACUUCUAGGGUACUCUCUUUUUGUGCAUGAACCAAAGCUUUGGUGAUGAGAUCUUCUCAAGCAUUUCUCAUACUCUGUUUCUAAUCAGAGUCUGUGCUGUUGAGGUGGAUUUCUGGAUGGUCAGAAAGUCUAGUGGAUUAGAACAAAGCGAACGCCUGGAGGGGACAGUCGGGAGGAGAGGAAGGGUUUUUAUCUGCUGGGAGGCUCUAGUCUCUUUCUGCAGCAGGGUGCUAGAAGAACUUCUCUGAUCCUCUUCUCCUGCUCUCUAACCUCUGCCUGCCUCGCCCAGAAAUGAGGGUGCAUGAGUGUGGGCUCUGAUCACCACAGUCAAUUGUAUACAAUCCAUCAGCAUCUUUGGAUUUGCUUUAUGAUUACCAUAUUGAUCUUUGCUGUAAUUUGUCAUGUUAGUGUUUUUUCCUUUCAGAUACGUCUUACACAAGAUGUUUUUUUUUUUUUCACUUCAAUCUAUUUGUGGCUGACAUGGAGAUGGGGGGAUGAAUGGGAUUAAAACAACCGCAGAGAACAAAGAAAAACAGACUUCAAGAGAUUUUUCUACUGAUAUGCAAAGCCACUGACUCGUUUGUUUCGCACCAAAGUUUGAUCCUCUCGUCGACACUCUUUCCAAACCGACACAAGAGUUUAACCUCGUCUGAGUGUUUUUUUUCUGGUGUUAAAAUUGAUCUCCUCUAAUAAUUAAGCCCAAGAGUUUGAGUACAGUGUUGGAUAAACUUUUUUAGCCGUGUCUCAUUUUAUAAUGACAGACCUUUUUAUGACAAAGGUUCAUUUAGGUUUGUAAUGAUCUCUAAAAACCAAAAAGUGUGCAAUUUUUUAAAAACAUAAUAACUGAUUAAAAUGUGAAAAACUAUUGUAAAUGAGUGUGACAUGACUCAUCGUACUGGUCAUGUUUUCUGCAUACGUCCCCCCUUUGCUUCUGUUUUUUUCUCCCCUCCAGAUCUGUUGAUCGUCUGUAUACCGUCUCUCAGGUUGACUCUUCACCUUUAUCACUUAAUUUUUAUUUUUUUGCUCAGUUUGAUUUUCUUUUUAUUUGAAAUGUUGAGGAUAAUGUUUCAAUCAAACACUGUUUGUAAUUUCCAGAUUUGUCAUAUAAGGUGGUAAUAAAUGGAUGUUACACACA